AAAGGCAGAAGCAACUUCUUUAAAAGUUCACUUUUAAAGAAGUUUACUGAAGCUUCUCUGAUAUCUAAGUCUGUUCCACCACGUUGGAGCGAAGUGCACAAAACGCAUUCUAAAGGCAAAAAGGGUUUUGUGGGGUCACAUGUCCUUUGACCUCCGAAUUUGAAUCAUCCUUGAGUUCAAGUUUAUGUUGUGCCAGAUGUGAUGAAAUCCCUGUGUCCCUGAUAUAUCACAUAACUAGUUCAUCUGUGAAUCCAAGUGAAAGACUUCCAAAUUUGUGGUUAUUUAAUGGUGCCAUGUUUAAAGCAGAGUAAUCCCAACAUACUCCAGGGGUGUGUAACACACCAUGGGAGAGAGAGAGAGAGAGAGAAAGAGAGAGAGAGCACUAUAUAUUGCAUUUAGGACAGAGAAGGGGAGGCAAGAAACCAAAUUGCUUCAUUGGAGUCACUGCUUCUGCAUUAUAUAUAAAGCCUAGUUUCUGUUGUCCAACCAAAGUUUCCUACCAGUGACUGAGCUUCCAUCCAACCAACUGGCCAGAUUUGAGAGAAAUAUCCCGACUGAGCCAUCUCCACACCAACAAGAUGACCCUCCGCAACUACCCCGCUCCAGAGUUAGAUGUUACCUUGCAAGAAGUUGGCCGUGUCCUGCAGCUCACUUUAAGACCCGAUCUUUACCCUGAGUUUAAAAGUGUGCUGCAACAGCAGAGGGAGCUCCUUCAAGCUGCUGAUCAGAAGUUAGCAACUAGACUUACUGGCCAGGAGAACUGGGGCUCAGAGCAGUUCAAGAAAUGCCUGCUUUCGUGUUCUGACCCUCUGCCCACAUCCACAGCCCUCCCUAUCGUUCUCCCUGCAUCCAAAGUGAAGAGAUGCACCCAGCUCGGGAGGGCAGCUGCUCUGCUCUGGGGAGCUGCAAAGCUGUACAGUGAGCCCUCAAAACCUGCAGAGGGCGAUGUACCAAUGGAGAACACGCAGCAGUCUGAGGUAUUUGCUGCCAGCCGGAUUCCUGGCAGGGUUCAAGAUCAAAUUAAGGUCUACCCAGAUAGUCUCCAUGCCAUCAUCACAUGUGUUGGAGGAGUGUUCCCUGUUGACAUACUGUUGCGUCCCAGCCCUGGUGGACCAGUGUCUGCUCGACCAUUCAUUGACAUCUACAACCAGCUGGCUCAGGUGAUGGAUGAACCCAGAGCAGGAAAACAGAAUGAUCCCUCUGCCAUUUGCAGCCUCUCAGCUCUGCAUCGUAAAGACUGGGCCGCCAUCAGAGAAGAGAUCCUGGAGCAAGGAGGAGAAGCAGCGGCAUCACUGGGGCUAAUGGAGAGCGCUGUGCUCACACUGUGUCUGGAGGACGAGAAUGCACCUUCUGAUCUGGCCGAUACCCUUAAUGCAGUGAGGCUGGGAGGAGGAGGAGAUGGUCCAUGUCUAAGACACUAUGAUAAGAUGAUGAACCUGGUGGUGUUCAAGGACAGCACAGCUGGAAUGUUGUUUGAGCACAGUGUGUUGGAUGGGAUAGUGGCUGUGUUUGUGAGUGGUUGUGUCUAUAAUCUGUCUGAGACUGUUGAUUUGGAACUAGCCCACAUUGAACAAGAAAAUGUGAAUGGGUCCGUCACAGUUAACAAUGUAAAUAAUCUUUGCCCAACUUCUUUAACGUUCCACUUGCAAGGAGUGAACAUCCCUAAGCCAAACCCUGCCUCAAAAGCAACUAAUCAAGUUCUCACUUUUGAUGUUCCUUCCUAUCCUGAUGUCUUUUCUACAAUCAGAGAGCACAGAGGCCUGUAUGAUGCCUGGAUCAACUUCUCAUUGCAGCUCUCCCUGAGGCAGACUCUUGGGGAAUCAGCUGCCAGUCAUGUGCUUGUCACACCUACCCAUAUGCGCCACUACAAACAUGGUCGAUGUGAUCCUACAUACUCACUCACCAUGCAUUCUCUCAAGUUAGUAGGUGCCUUGGCAUCCUGCGUAGGUCCAGAUAAGACAAUCCAAUACACUACUGACAUCUUACGCUUGUUCCAUGUAGCAUUUUUGGAGCACAAGAGUCUCAUCAGAAAAACUAAAAAUGGUCAAGGUGUUGGUCCCCAUCUAGCUGCCCUGCGCCAACUUUUGCCAUCGGACAAUCCACUGAAAAAGUUUCUGGACCCCUUUGGGUGUCCGUCUGUAUACCUGACUGGUUCAAGUCUCAUUGAGGGUGUAGAAUGUGGAGUAGGGAAUGUUUAUGCACAAGAUCAGCUGGCUGUUGCAUACCUUGGAAGAAUAGACAGGGUUCAAAUUGUGCUUAACGGAAAAGGGAGCUUUGCAAAAAUACUGCAGAAGCUUCAAGAAAACAUGAAGGUAAACCUGAAGUUAGUGAUGCUUCUAGCUGUUAGAUAUGCCAUAGCUAAUCAGAUGGGUGCCCUGGAGUGUCUACUCCAACAGGGUCAAACAAUGAAAGUGAUUGGAGAAAGCCCAAAAAGUGGGGAAAGCACCGCUGACCCAAACUAUACCAUGUUGAUCCAUGGUGGAGCUGGAGAAGAGAUGAUGUUGAACACCAAAGUGAUUGGGGUUAUUGAGUUUGCUCUACAGACAGCCUUAUCCCUUGGAUCCCAAGUCCUUCAACAAGGUGGCAGGAGUCUGGACGCAGUUCAGAGGUCAGUGGAGGCUCUGGAGGACUGUUUUCUGUUCAAUGCAGGUAAAGGCUCAGUAUUCAACAGAGAUGGCAAAAAUGAAUUGGAAGCCACCAUUGUAGAUGGUAAUACAAUGAGGUCGGGAUCUGUUGCCUGUGUGCAAAGUGUGAAGAACCCAAUAAAAGCAGCCAGAUGUGUCAUGGAGAAAAGCUCACAUUCACUUAUAGUGGGGGAUGGGGCUGAGGAGUUUCUGCAAGUGCAGGAGGAGGAGAAAGCUGUAGGAUGUGAGUAUUUUUACACUGACAUACGCCACAGAGAGUUAACUGCAAAGCUUAGUGCUGGAAAUACCUCAAAAAACAAUCAUCCUCAGACAGUUGGAGCUGUAGCAUUGGAUCAUUGGCAUGGGUUGGCUGCGGCAUCCUCUACAGGUGGGUUAGUAGGAAAGCUGAAAGGACGAGUUGGAGAUACAGCAGUAGUAGGGGCAGGAGUAUAUGCUGAUGACAAAUUAGCUAUUGCCUGCUCUGGAGAUGGAGAUGUUUUUUUGAGGCACACAGUUGCCCAGAGAAUAGCUUGUCUCUACCAUCACAAAGGCUACAGCCUUAGACAUGCAUGCAAAGAAGUCAUGGCUGAAAAUCUGAAUGGGACAUGUGCAGGCAUCAUUGCUGUGGACACUCAAGGUGAUGCCAUCAUCGAAACAAAUGCUGGUGUAAUGUUUGUAGCCUCUCUGAUUGAUGGUAUUUCACGAGUAGAGGUCCUCAGGCCCCUAAAAAGCUUCUCUGAUGUGAUCUGGGAAACAGAUGAGCUGGUUGCCUACUUGAAUCCCAACCCCUGGAUCCCUGGCUCAACCAUUCUGACCAGAAAAACUAAUAGUGGGGCAAGCAGUAUCUUCCACUUGCCCACACCUGAUUUUGUGGCUAUGCUACAGGGAGCGAGAGUAGUAUCAAACCUACUAUGUCAACAGUUGGGAGUGCAGCGCUGUGCCUUCGUUUUCUACCCAUCACCUGAUCAUCCUUCACAAAUCAGACUGCUCCCACUUCAUGGACUCGAGCCAAAGUGGCAGCCUCAUCUUGCUGGUGAAGAGGAAUUCCAUGCAUACGAUCCUGGCUACUGCAAUUCAAAAAGUAGCCCAUGCUGGGAUGACAAAUCUCUGACUCAGAUUCAAGCCAAGAUUAGAAACAAAUUACCAACACCAAAUGCACCUUCUUGCUUUGACUUCUUCGGGGACCCUUCCAAUAACAACCUGUUCAGCCGUAUUGUUCGGGGAGAGCAGCAACAGUGGAGAGUGUGGGAAGACAGUGAGUAUGUUGCAUUCCUUACACCAUAUCCGAACACUCCUGGAGUUACUGUUGUGGUGCCACGCAAACCACUGCCCAGUGACCUCUUUAAAUUGAACGAAGCUGACUACAGAGCAAUGAUUUUAGCAAUUCAUACAGUUGCCAGACUAUUGGAAGAGGGGAUGAGAGCUCGAGGCGUUGCACUGAUCUUUGAGGGCUUGGAGAUUGACUAUGCUCAUGCCAAGCUGAUCCCUCUUUUACCUCCACCUGAUGGCACUCAGCCUGCUGAGGUGCAAACAGAAUUCUUUCAAAGCUACCCUGGAUAUGUGUCAUCGAUGGAUGGGCCAGCUGCCGAUCCUGAGACCCUUCAAGCGAUCCACUCAAAAAUCACCAAGUGCAAGGCUCCACAUUCAUGGCAAAACCCUGUCACCCAUUCCACACUUGCCAUUAAAAGCCAGUGGUAUCGCAACCUGUUCCAGAUUCAAAACACUCUUUUCCACAGCACUGUGGAAUAUUUCCAAAAUUCCUGCCAUUUCUCCUAUGCUCUGACCCCUCUCACCACAGACACCAUCUCCUCACCAAUGGGUCUUGGAUCUGACUCAGAACCAGUUUCUGUUAACCUGCUGGGGCAGGACAUCUACCUGGCUGACUCAAUGCAAUUUGUUCUUGAAUACUUCCUUCGCUUCCAGGAGAACCUGCCAGGAACCUACUACAUAUCUCCCAGCUUUAGAGGGGAAGAUCCUGAUGCCACACACCUGAACCAGUUCUACCACGUGGAGUGUGAACUGUUGGGUGAUAUGAACGACGCCAUUUGCACAGCGGAGAGAUACUUGGCCCAUCUCACUAAGUCCAUGUUGAAGCAACACUCAGAUAUAAUUCUCAACACUGUUGGGACCCUUACGCAUGCCAAAGCCAUGCUGAGUAAACUAGAGGGAAAAAAUGGACUACCGAGAGUCCCUCUUGACCAGGCCAUUCCGAUGAUGCCAUCUGCUGACUGCCUUGAGUGGGUCCAAGACAGUCAGCCCCAGUUUGGCAGAAAGCUAACACGCAAAGGAGAGCGAGUCUUGAUAGAAAAAUACGGUGGCGCUGUUUGGGUGACUGAAAUGGAUCAUCUGGGAGUCCCCUUCUAUCAGGCAUAUGUAGAGGGCAGUGGGCAAUGCAAAGCCAAAGCUGCAGACCUUCUGAUAGGGCUGGGUGAGACUGUCGGUCUUGGUGAGCGUCACUCCACCCCUGAGAUGGUGCAAGAGGCUCUCAGGCACCAUGCAGUUCCCGAGCAGUCCUACAAAUGGUACAUUAGCAUGCGACAAGCAAAACCACUCCUCACCAGUGGUUGGGGCAUGGGGACGGAGCGCUACUUGUGUUGGCUGCUACAGCACGAUGACGUCAGAGAUAUACAGAUAAUACCGAGGAUGAAAGGAAAGAAAUACAUGCCCUGAUUAUUAGUUCUCCUCGUAUUUUCAGGCAAAUAGAUGUAAUAUAGAGGACUUGCAAUAAUGGGAUCAAAGAAGAGUAUAUAUUAUGGAUUUGUUGAAUAGAAAUGUCUCAAUAAUCCAGAGUUUCAUCCAGUUUUGAGUUUAUUUUAAAUCUUUCCUGUUGUGUCCAUGAUCAGAGGAGAAAGGGAAAGGUCUAAGUUUGGCCUGACCUUUGCAUCCCAAGCAUAAAUGUUGGUGUCUGGUAACCCGGAGGCAUUAUUGCAAAAAAAAGGAAGAGUAAAUGAGCUAAAAUUGAGAUGACUCAAAGACUUUUAUUAUUUAUUCUUUAAAUGCUAUUUUACACUUACAGGAUGGUUUCCUUAACAGCAAAGCUUUAAUAUCAAUGUAACUGCAUGUUGAAAAUGUAGGGUGGGGGGUUAAGUACAGCUUGGAUUGUUUUAUUAUAAUAUAAUAAUAUCUAUGGUUAAGACU